AGCCGCUCGCAGCGCGCCUGGUCCAGCCGCGGGCUGCGCGGAUCCCCGGCGGGCGCUGGACCGGGCGGGGGCGCGAGGCAAGCGCAGCUGCAGCCCGGGCGGCCGAGCGCGCGGAGCGAGUGGGGCUGGAGCAGGCGCCGGGCUGCGGCUGCCCCGGGGGAUGCGGCGGCCUCCCCGGGCCAGGGUGUAGAGAGGGCGGGUACCCGGGCUCAGCUGCGCGGCUGUGGAGGGGACCGAGGCGGCGGCCAUGGCGACCCCCGGCACCCUGGGGUCCUCCGUCCUGGCGAGCAAGACCAAGACCAAGAAGAAGCACUUCGUGGCUCAGAAAGUGAAGCUCUUUCGGGCCAGCGACCCGCUGCUCAGCGUCCUGAUGUGGGGGGUCAACCACUCGAUUUUGGAAUGCUUGUCCACACAGGAGAGAUCUUGGGGAUGGGGCCCAAGUCUAUGCAAGUUACAUGGCCCGAAGAUCAAUGAACUGAGCCAUGUUCAGAUCCCUGUUAUGUUGAUGCCCGAUGACUUCAAAGCCUACUCAAAGAUAAAGGUGGAUAACCACCUUUUUAACAAAGAAAACAUGCCCAGCCAUUUCAAGUUUAAGGAAUACUGCCCAAUGGUCUUCCGGAAUCUACGGGAGAGGUUUGGCAUCGAUGAUCAAGAUUUCCAGAAUUCCUUGACCAGAAGUGCUCCCCUUCCCAAUGACUCCCAGGCACGCAGCGGGGCUCGGUUUCAUACGUCCUAUGACAAAAGAUACGUCAUCAAGACCAUUACCAGCGAGGACGUGGCAGAGAUGCACAACAUCCUCAAAAAGUACCACCAGUAUGUGGUAGAAUGUCAUGGGGUCACCCUUCUCCCCCAGUUCUUGGGAAUGUACCGGCUGAAUGUCGACGGAGUUGAAAUAUAUUCGAUUGUUACAAGAAACGUGUUCAGCCACCGUUUAUCUGUGUAUAGGAAAUACGACUUAAAGGGCUCCACAGUGGCUAGAGAAGCUAGUGACAAAGAAAAGGCCAAAGAACUGCCAACUUUAAAGGAUAAUGACUUCAUUAAUGAAGGCCAAAAGAUUUAUAUCGAUGACAACAACAAAAAGGUGUUCCUGGAAAAACUGAAAAAGGAUGUUGAGUUCCUUGCACAGUUAAAGCUCAUGGACUACAGCCUCCUGGUGGGAAUUCAUGAUGUGGAUCGAGCUGAGCAAGAGGAGGUGGAGUGUGAGGAGAACGACGGGGAGGAGGAGGCGGAGAGUGAUGGCACCCAUCCCAUUGGGACCCCACCUGACAGUCCUGGAAAUACACUCAACAGCUCACCACCCUUGGCUCCGGGCGAGUUCGAUCCAAACAUUGAUGUUUAUGGAAUUAAAUGCCAUGAAAACUCGCCUAGGAAAGAGGUGUACUUCAUGGCCAUCAUUGACAUUCUCACUCAUUACGAUGCAAAAAAGAAAGCUGCCCACGCUGCAAAAACUGUUAAACAUGGAGCUGGAGCUGAGAUCUCUACUGUGAACCCAGAACAGUAUUCAAAGCGUUUUUUGGACUUUAUUGGCCACAUCUUGACGUAACCUCUCACUCAGCCUCGGAUGGACAUGACCAUGGGAAGGCCAGUGGUGGCUUCGGUGUAGGAAAAAUGAAAACCAAACUCAUUGAAGCACUCACCUUGCAGGAAGCAAACCUCCUUGUUUACAUCUUCAGACUGAGAUGACUGAAGUGGGGGGCUCCUCGCUUUAACAGCUACCUGAUAUUUCCCAGCAUCGUUCUAGCUAUUUCUGACUGUGUGUGUGCUCAUGCACUCUCUCGUGCACAUUUUAAAUUAAUUAAUUAACUAAUUAAUUAAAACCAAUUGGCUUAAAUCAGAGUGUGUAACAACUAGACCCCUCUCUGAUCCCAGCUAUCAUCCAGUGAAUGAAUGAACGUACAAGCACAUGGGAGAGGGAGAAGUGACCAUGUUGGCAUCACACAAUAAACUGUAGAUCAGUUUGUUUUGAGUUGAAAGAUGUGAGACUAUUUGUAAUAAUGAUCAUGUUUAAAAUAAAAUCUAAAAACUGACUGCAGCUGUUACCCUUCUACCCAGCACGCAGACCCUCCUUGCUAGUUGUCACCUGAGCCCACAGCUCUGUGCAGAAGAAUGAUGAUGUUUCCGCGUGUACUGGAUCAGGGUUCUGUCCUCACAGUAUCAUGACCCCUGGUUAUUCCAGGCUAACCAAGAGGCUGAUGCCAAGAAACUGUCUACAUUUUCAACUUCCGUAAAUAUGUCCAGGAAAACUGCUUGCUUCUCUUUUCUUGUCUAGAGAUUCUGCAUUGUUAUGCCCUUACUUUGGUCUGUAGGAAUUCAUGCUACAAAGUAAAAGUAAAGCUUAUCUGAAUGGUGCAUAGUUUGGGGCAAUAGUAACUACAUCUCCCACUGCAGGAAGAUGAGGAAGAAGUUAGAAUCCUCCUGUGACUGACGGCAAAUCCGAAUUAUAAGAGGUUUAUGUUUGACUAUGGUUUAAACAGUGGAAUUUUGUUAUGAAUUAUCCCUUUAACUGAAACCCUCAGUUUUACUGUUUACAUGGUUAGAAAAACAGGGAUAUUUUUGAAUCUAAAAAUUUAAUAUACAGCAUGUGAUUUUUGAAGUUUACAUGUAAAGUCAUUUUAUGACAUAGGAAAAAUAAUGUUUGUUGUAUUUUGAAAUGUGUCCUGCAGUUGUGUUUUGAGUGAAUGUUUUGUUCAAAGUACAUGGUAGACAGUCUUUCACCAUAAAAGGAAAAGGAUUUUGUUUCUCCAGAUGUAUAUUUAUCAACCUAAUCGUUUUUUUUAAGAUUAAACCCCAAAGCUGGUUAUGUAAGUUCAUUGCCCUAAACCAUGCUGAUUGUGUGUAACCAAGUUAAAAAACUUCCACCAUUGAUUAUGAAUCUACCAAAUUCCCUGCAAUUCUAAAGGCCUCAUUAUUAAAUAUUAGACUUGCUUAGAGUACUUUAUGAACUUAUAUGCUGUGCUAAAGCUGUGCCUUUAAAACUCUUUGUUUAAUAUGUGAGAUGGUUUUUGUAGGCAGUUUUAGAAAAGGAAAAAAAGAAAUUCUGCCCUUCAAUAAUUACCUACAAGACAACAAGUCCCUUGCCAGGCUGCCUUUUCCAGUCACGUUUGGCCUCUCCAGGUGCAACUGUGCCCAACAUGUGUGGGCUGCCUUCCACAGUGCCUGGAAGCCAGCAGAACACCAUCUGACUACUCUCUCCUGACCUGCCACAGAUAUGUUGCCUGAUGAUGUUAACUCCACUGUAACAUAGUUGUACAAAUCUGUAUUUGAUGCAUUUGAAAUAAUCAAUGCUAUGAUUUGGUUCCUGGCCACCAUCAAUUCUGGCAUCCAAUCUGGUUCACUGUUCUGAAGCUUUGCUCUAAUCUUUGUCCCAAGACUUACAAGCCCAAGACCCUGCACAAAAGAUGAAGGUACACACACAUGAUCUGAGUGACCAUUUCCUUUGUAGCCAAUCUGUGUAUUGCUUUUAGAAGUUUACAGAAAAGCUUUGUUUUUGUCUUUAACUGUCUCUGUCAUCCAGAUAAGCUGUUUGAACAGAGCGAGGAUGUGUGCCGUGUAUCCCCCAGUGCUGAUAAUACUCUCCAGUCAUGAGCGAGCUUUAUGAAUAAAGCACUUUGAUGACUCGCA